AGGAACUCAGGGUUUCUAACCUUGGGGACUUAUAAGUUAUAAAUGAGCAAGUUUUGAUGGAGAAGGCCUCUGCAAAAGAAAAGUUAGGGUUUUGUUGGGCCUCCUCCGAACGACGGCGAGCGAACUAGCAAGCAUGGCUACCACGACCAGAGCUCUGUCUCAGAAGGAGGCCGACAUCCAGAUGAUGUUGGCUGCUAAUGUUCAUUUGGGCACCAAGAACUGUGACUUCCAGAUGGAGCGUUACGUUUUCAAGCGCCGCAUCGAUGGAUUAUACAUUAUCAACCUUGGCAAAACAUGGGAGAAGCUUCAACUUGCUGCCAGAGUAAUUGUUGCCAUUGAGAACCCUCAGGACAUUAUUGUUCAGUCUGCCAGGCCGUAUGGGCAGAGGGCGGUAUUGAAGUUUGCACAGUUCACUGGGGCUCAUGCAAUUGCUGGCAGGCACACCCCUGGAACAUUUACUAAUCAGCUCCAAACAUCAUUCAGUGAGCCUCGUCUUCUUAUUCUCACUGACCCAAGGACAGAUCACCAGCCCAUUAAGGAAGCUGCACUUGGGAACAUUCCGACUAUUGCUUUCUGCGACACUGACUCACCCAUGCGAUAUGUUGAUAUUGGGAUUCCAGCCAACAACAAGGGGAAGCAUAGCAUAGGCUGUCUGUUUUGGCUGUUGGCAAGGAUGGUUCUGCAGAUGCGUGGCAGUAUUCUUCCUGGACACAAGUGGGAUGUGAUGGUGGAUUUAUUCUUCUAUAGAGAGCCUGAGGAGGCUAAGGAACAGCAAGAAGACGAAGUUGUUGCUGCCCCUGAUUAUGGGGCAGAUUAUAAUGCAAAUGCAUUUUCUGCUCUUCCAAAUGAUCAAUGGGCUGCACCAAUCACCGAUGCUCAGUGGACUACUGAUAUUGCUGCAGCACCUCCCUUGCCUCCAGUUGCAAGUGUCAGUUUUCCAGUUGCUGCUCCUGUGUCAGCGGAUGGCUGGGAUGUUGCUGUGCCUCCACCAAUGCCAGCCACUGGCGGGGAUGUUAUUCCUCCUCCCCAACCUGCUACUGGCUGGGAAUGAACCAAAGAUUUAGGUUACCAUGUGUUUUUUUUUCUCACAUUUUUGCUGCUAUAAUUUUGAUUUGUUUUAGACUUGAAAAGUCUUUUGCUCUUGGGAGAUGGAACUGAUUAUGCCGCAGCUUAGGUGUAGAUGUUAACUUGAUAUGUUUUGUUUUCAUUUUUGACAUUGAGCUUGUUUAAUUUGAUUAUAUGGACCAAGCAAGUUUUUAAA